AGCAAUCUCCCAGGGUGGCUCCACUUUUCAUUUGAGCUCAAAUACUUCACUGUGUACUCUGCAGCUGCCAGACCUGCUCCUGCUGCCGCUCAGGGAGAACACCUGGGAAAACCCUUUCCACUGAGAAGAUGAUGAGCUCAAGCUAUUGGAGUGAGACCAGCAGUAGCAGCUGUGGGACCCAGCAGCCCACAGAGGUCCUGCAGUGCCAGCCUCAGCAUUACCACUGUUACCAUCAGCAGCCUCCAGAAAAAAAUGUAGUGUAUGAGCGAGUGAGGACCUACAGUGGGCCCAUGAACAAGGUGGUGCAGGCCUUGGACCCCCUCGGCUCACGGGAAGUACUCUCCCCCCUCAAAACCGCCUCCUCCUACCAGAAUUUGGUUUGGAGCAACCAUUCUCAGGAGCUCCAGUCUCCAACUAUGAAAAUAUCUGCGUGUGCGCCAAGCACUUUGCAUAUAACACAAAAUGCUGAACAGGAACUCCAUUCUCCAACAGUGAAAAUUACUGCAUAUCCACAAACCACCAUUAGUAGAUACAUAGUACAAAACCCUGAACAGGAACCAUUGUCUCCUUUCCUAAGAGGAGGUCACUUCUUCCCAGGAAACAAUGUAAUUUAUGAAAAAACAAUAAGAAAGGUGGAGAAGCUAAACACAGAUCAGGAAUGUUGUCCUCAAAUUCAUCAUCAUCAUGUCAUCCAACAACCCCAGAUUAUCCACUCUCCACAUUGUCAACAGUCCUGGUCUAGUCAUCAAAUCCAAUGCACAGCAGAAAAUGAUUCAAAUAUUGGACAUGAAAUCUGCCAUGGUGGGCCAAGCCAAGUACAUGAACAGGUGAUAAUUCAAAAUGAUGGCCCUGAGAAAUUGGACCCUAAAUAUUUUGGAGAGUUACUUGCUGACCUAAGCCGCAAGAGUACAGACCUAUAUCACUGCCUAUUAGAGCAUUUGGAGAGAAUUGGAGGAAGCAAACAAGAUUUUGAGUCUGCAGAUACAUCAGAAGACAUUGAGUCAUUGAUUCCUAAAGGACUAUCAGAGUUUACAAAACAACAAAUUCGUUAUAUUCUGCAGAUGAGGGGUAUGUCUGAUAAGUCACUGAGACUAGUGCUGUCCACAUUUAGCAACAUCCGGGAAGAACUUGGACAUCUUCAAAAUGAUUUGACAUCACUGGAAAAUGACAAGAUAAGACUUGAAAAGGAUUUGGCUUUCAAAGAAAAUCAAAUAAAAGAAUAUGAAGAACUCUUGGCAUCAGUGAGAGCAAACAAUCGCCAACAGCAACAAGGACUUCAAGCCUCAAGUUCAAAAUGUCAGACAUUGGAAGAAAACAACCUUUCUCUUCAACAUACACUGUCAGACAUGGAAUACAGACUAAAAGAACUAGAAUAUUGUAAACGUAAUUUAGAGCAAGAGAAUAAAAACCUUAGAAUACAGGUGUCUGAGACUUGUACAGGCCCGAUACUACAGGCUAAAAUGGAUGAGAUUGGCAACCAUUAUACGGAGAUGGUAAAAAACUUGAGACUUGAGAAAGACAGAGAAAUCGGCAAGCUAAGGUCCCAAUUAAACCAGUACCAAAAAGAUGUUUCAAAAAGAGAAGGAAGUUGUAGUGACUUCCAAUUCAAGCUUCAUGAAUUGACAAGUUUACUGGAAGAGAAGGAUUCUGUUAUAAAGCGUCAAUCAGAGGAACUCUCAAAGUUGAGACAAGAAAUAUACUCAUCCCAUAACCAGCCCUCCAACAGUGGAAGGACUACAAUCACCACAAAAAAGUACAGGACACAAUAUCCGAUCCUAGGUCUCCUGUACGAUGAUUAUGAAUAUAUACCACCAGGUAGCGAUACACAGACUAUUGUGAUUGAGAAAACUGAAGACAAAUGGACUUGUCCAUGAAUGGAUCCACUUUACAGGACUACAACUCUAAGGAAAUUUUUAUUGUCUUCAUCAGUAUUUUAAUGGUUAUUUUUCUAUUUCUAAAGUGCAAUCAAAUUAUGAAUCAUGGUACUACUCUAUGAAUCUAAUGGGUCGAUUUAAUUCUGCAGAUGAGUUUUCCCAGCCAUUCAGGACACCUGAAUCCUUUUUUCACAUUGAUAUAUUUGAUAUAACAUCAUGCAAAUGGAAAAAAAAAACUUUGUAUUUAAACUGGUUAAAGACAAUUUAGAACUUAACAUCUUAUUUUUAUAUAGGGAGCUUAAUCUAUGGUGAACUUAUUCAUAAGGAUAAAGUCAUUACAAGUUAUCAUAUUAUAUUAAAUGUGCAGUUUAGCUAUAAGACUCACUGAUGUUUUUCAGCAAAACAGAGGCAAAGCACAAUUAAAUUUAAACAUAGGUAACUAGAAUAUGAAAUAUAUAGCCUAAGUUUACUUUUCUCACAUUAAUCUUGAGACUAAAAGAGAGUAUGACAGUGCUAACAUAUCUCAGAAACAGAUAAGCAAAGGUGGAGGUUAAUAUUGUUAAUCAUGGAAAUGGGCUUAUAUCUUUUGAAAUAACUAUAUUAAUUAAAUUAUACAUUGUUACACUUGGUUCUAAGUACAUGUCAGUACCUGGGAAAAUCUGUUCUUUCAAAACAUAUUUUUCUGCUAGUGAUGCCAUUCAUUUUCUUAAAAACAUAUAAAACUGUACUGUCGUAGUGGGGCAAUAAGAUUUUAGAAUUUUUCAUAGUGAUAUCCAGAUAGAACGCUGAAAUAUUGUAUAGUAAUAAAAGCUUAAGUAAUAAAAAUAACAGUAAAAGAUACUUGAUAGCUAUAUCUUAUUUGGAAUAUUAUAUAGUAGAGCUGUUCAUAUAUUUAGAAGUUUGUUAGUUGAAUUACAGUGAUAUUACGAAGUGAAUGCAAGUAUUUGUUAAAUAUAUUACAGUAAUGAAUUUCAUAAUAUAACCUAAUUAGACGCUGCAAAAAUUUGUUCAUCAAAGUUAGGAUUAAUGUAACAAAUAUAUUCAGGUUACAUGUUUAUUACAUGUAAAACCUUUUUGCUUUAUACUAAAAUAUCUACAGAUACCUUCCUAAAAUUCUUCAAUGCUUUAUAAGCAUAAUCUAAUUAUUCAUUAUAUUAAGAAUCAGUUAAGAUAAGCAUUGCUGUGGCACUAUACUAACUAGAACUAUGAGGUAUAAAUAUACAAAAGGUCUUAAUAUAAAAUUAAGUCUUAUUUAUAUUCUUAUAACACUUGAGAUAAACAUGACGUCUUCUGACAUGAAUAAAAUUUCUAUUUUAUCAGUAUUUUAAGAUAUAAAAUAUAAAUGUUUCAUGUUCCUACAAUUCCCCUCUAUUUUAUGACCAACAGAUCAGUUUCUCCCUCUGCUAGCUACUAAUAUCUGUAACUGUGGCAGAAGUGUACUAUUUUAUUCAUCCAUUAAAAAAGUUACAAGGGAAUGUUAUAAUUACCUUGACAGAAAACUGCCAUAAAUACAAUAUGAAAAUGAGAAUAAGACUUUUUCAAAACUAUUAAAACUAACUAUUUUCAGAAUUAGAGAGCAAUUAAGAAGAGCCUAUUUGAUCCAGGAUGGUAAAUUAGUCAUAUAAAAGUUUUUCAUUUUAUUUAUUAACAUUUUAAGAUCAAUAGAAAUAAGAGGAAUAAAAGUGAUAUUAUUUUCUUCUCACCAAUUCCAUGUAGUUUCUAAGUGAAAACUCCAGUGAGGUCAGGUGAGGAUGCUUUUUUUUAUCUUAUUUCUAUUUCCAUAUGUUUUCAUUCUAUAUUUGUCAAAUAAAAUGGAGACUGUAGACUGUCAUGCAAAAUUUGUAUAUAUAGCUAAAUAAAAUAUGUUAAGCUUC